AUGAAAAACCUACGUCGCAGAUUGAAGCAGAAGUCUCGCUCCCACGAUGACAACGCUGAACCAGCCAACCAAUCCCCAGCUUCAGAGCCGACAGCCUUGACAACACAGGUGACAAAUGCCCCUGUCCAGCUGCCAGAUUCACAUAUUGAUCAGUCGGGCAAUUUUGGAAAUGCCCUGAAGCUUACAGUGACCAAGCUACUUCCACGAGCCUCUCAGAAUGGCGAGAUAUUUCUCAUCCAUCAAUCGGCUAGGGACUUCUUACUCAACAAGGUGCCUGAGAAAAUCCUUCCUCAUGGUAUCGAGCUACAGCAUUAUGCCAUAUUUAUAAUGUCUCUGGCAGCUCUUUCAGCUAUUCUUAAACGAGGUAUAUAUGCAUUAGAUACUGAAGAACUAGCAGGACUUGCCGGUGAUCAAAUAUUGGCCCCCAUCCCUGACCCUUUAGCCCCGAUUCGAUACUCUUGCGUUCAUUGGGUUGAUCAUCUGAAGAACUCACAGCCUCAGGGUGGACUAGGUAGACAUGAGCUACAAGACAACGGUAUUGUCCGUGAGUUCUUUCAGACGAAGUAUUUGAAUUGGCUGGAGGCGCUUAGUCUCUUAUGCAGAGUUCCAGAGGGGGUCCUAGCUGUCCAGAAUCUUGAAGCCCUAGCAGAGCACAUGGAAUCUAUGCGACUAGUUGAAUUGCUCCAAGAUGCUCGUCGAUUUGUUCUCUUUCAUAAACUCGCCGUAGAGGUCGCUCCGUUGCAGGUAUACGCUUCAGCACUUGUUUUUAGCCCCACCAGAAGCUUGAUCAAGCAACUGUACGAGAACGAAUUGUCUAUCCGCAUCAUUCCUCCCACAGCUGUGGGAUUAGAUUGGAGUGCGUGUCUCCAGACAAUGGAUCAAAAUAAACAUGGAUUGUGGGGGGAAGUUAGGUCGGUAUGCUUCUCUGCUGGCGGCCAGUGGCUAGCUUCAGGUUCAGGUAUCAAUUGGGAUAUGGAUAUGAAUGCGAGUACGACUUACGUCAAAGUCUGGAGUACGUCUACGGGUCAAUACUUACAAGUGCUUGCGGGUCACAAGGAUUGUAUUAAUGCUGUAGCAUUCUCGCCAAACAGUCUCCUGUUGGCGUCGGGCUCAAGUGACAGCACUGUCAGGAUAUGGAAUCCGAUAACAGGCGAAUGCACAAAUGUGCUCCAUGGCCACGAACAUGGCGUCACGUCACUAUCAUUCUCUCCAGAUUCCUCGAAAGUGGCAUCAGACUCAUAUGAUGGCACUGUCAACGUAUGGCAUGCCGCCACAGGUACCUGCUUCAGGACAAUUAAUGACAGUCACCAGGCUAUUACUUCAAUCGCUUUUCUGUCUGGAAACGAGCGAUUGGUUUCAGUUACGAGAGUAAUUAGGGUUAACUUCUGGGAUUUAUCUACUGGAAGGCUAGAAAACAUAGUUGAGUACGAAGAUGAUUCCGUUGUCGACCCGGAUUUUGCAGCAAAUUGCUUACAAUUAGUAACCGUACCGCACAACAAUAUUCUCCAAAUUUGGGGUUCAUUUCCAAUCGAAUGUUUGCAGACAAUUCACAGUUACCCGGUUGUUUUAGUAGCAUUGUCAUCGGAUGGCACACGACUAGCGUCAGCAUUAAGGAACAGCAAGAUUGGAAUCUGGGAUACACACACCGGCCAACGUCUGCAAACUCUAGAAGGACACUCCUACUUAAUUGUGUCAUUGGCCUUUGCGUUGAAUGGAAUGCAACUUGCAUCAGGGUCCACAGAUGGGUCGGUUAGGAUCUGGAAUCUCGUUAACAGCCCAAACCUACCGAUACAAAGUAGGCAAGAGAGUCCGUCAAAUGCUAUUGGUCAUAUCCAGGUAUUGUCUGAUAGUAUUUGUCUCUCCGUCGAUAUCAGUAUCUCGGUUUUGAAGGUGUGGGACAGAAACACAGGUGCAUGCCUAAGAGUAUUUCAAAGCCACGAAACGGAAGAAACAGAUGUGAUGCCGACCUUGCCUUUAUCUUCGGAUGGCAAAAGGGUAGCACUGGCAUCAGACGAUGGUUGUUUCAGCAUUUGGGAUGUGUCUACAGGUUCGCAAACGCAGAAAUUCAAGGGAGAAUAUCGCGACAUCACUCGCGCGGUUUUCUCUUCAGACGAUGCAUUUCUAGCCUCUGGAUCGACCGACGGAGUUAUCCAGAUAUGGAACCCAGUCACGGGUACCUGUAUUCAGACAUUUGGUGAUCGCUGCAAUUCCAGUGUCAAGAUCCUUGCAAUUGCGCCCGACAAUAUGCGGGUAGUCUCUGUGUUUGAUAAUAAUUCCAUUGGUAUAUGGAAUGUUGCUAGCGGCCGUUGUCGGUGCACCACUCAAAAAGAUGAUCUGUACAAGGACAUCGUUUUGCUGGCGUUUUCUUGUGAUUCGAAACGGUUAGCAUUGGGGUCAAAGUAUGGGUCCAUCUACAUCAUCAAUGGACAAGACGGCUCAGGCCGACAAACACUUAACAAUGAUACAAUUCAUGGAUUGGUAUAUCCUCUUACAGCAUUGGCGUUCUCACCAGACAACACAAUGCUUGCUUCAGAAUCAGAUGAAGUGAGAGUCUGGGACAUAUCCGCAGAGACCUGUCUGUGUAGGAUAAACCAACCUUUUUUUACUCGACUCUCGUGGGACCUUAAUAACGACUCUCGUCUAUAG